GUAAUCCGACUAAUCACGAUGAACGUAACAUUAUCACAAUUAACACGAUUCUGCACUUCAGAUAACAACUGAUUUUUCACUCUUCAGACUUGCGCCUGCUACUGCUCCGUUCCUGCUUUUUGCGACCGCGUGUAACCGGCCUCAGGCUUUACACGGGCUCCACGUUUCAAAGCAGAAACGAUCGAACCAUCAUGCGGAGCGUGCGCCGGACGUGAAGCUCAUAGAAAAGAGAAAUUCGUCGCUCACUCUGCCAGUUGCUCGGCGGUCCAGAUCGAGGAAGCUGUCGCAUCCUAAACUCUUCUUCUCCCGGUCUACCAUGGCGGAGAUACAUAUCUUAGGAUGGGCCGAUUACCUGGUGAUAGCAAUCACGCUAUGCAUAAGUGUGGGAAUCGGUAUUUAUUACAGAUUCAGCGGAGGCCGCCAGAAAACUAUGGAGGAAUACUUUAUCGCAAGCCGAUCAAUGAGCAUUGUACCAGUGGCGAUUGCUCUAGUAGUGUCUUUCAUGUCGGCCAUCACGUUGCUCGGUGUAUCGGCUGAAAAUUACACGUAUGGGACGCAAUUUGUCGUGAUAAAUAUAUCUUAUUUAUUGGGCACUCCGAUUGUCUGCUAUGGUUUCCUGCCAGUGUUCUUCAAGCUGCAGGCGACCAGCGCGUACGAGUACUUAGAAAAGCGUUUCGGCGUAAAAACUAGGAUGAUGGCUAGUUUUGUUUACUGGAUUCAACUGCUUUUGUACUCAGGAGUGGUACUUUAUGCUCCUUCUUUAGCUCUGGAAGCGACUACGGGAAUUUCUAAGACCGCCAGUAUCGUUAUUAUCGGUCUCGUUUGCGCCUUUUAUUCGAGUAUAGGCGGCAUUAAGGCCGUGCUGAUAACCGAUGUGUUUCAAGCCCUGCUCAUGUUCACCGCCGUGUUUACCGUUAUCGGUAUAGCCGCGAAAGAGGCACAAGGGCUGGGACAGAUUUGGGAGAUCGCGAAGCAAGGACAUCGAAUUGAAUUUGACAGCACUGAUGUAGAUCCGACGGUGAGGCAUACAUGGUGGUCUCUCGUUAUUGGCGGUCUAUGUACGUUCUUGUCGCUUUACGGGGUGAACCAAGUACAAGUACAGCGUAUGAUGACUGUAAAGAAUAUACGGGCCUCGCAGAAAGCUCUGUGGUUGUCUUGGCCCAUCCUGACCUUCCUCUCGAUCUCGACUUGCUUCUCAGGAUUGGCGAUAUACAGCAAGUAUCAUAAUUGUGAUCCGAUACGCCAGAAUCGAAUUACUUCGCCUGAUAUGCUUAUGCCGUUGUACGUCAUGGAUACAAUGUCCAACAUGCCCGGCUUGCCAGGUCUUUUCAUCGCAGGUAUUUUUAGCGCGGGUCUCAGCACGAUCUCAGCGGCUCUCAAUUCCUUGGCAGCGGUCACGUUAGAGGAUUAUUUGAAGCCCGUGUAUAGGAAAUGUACCGGACGCGAAUUCUCGCCGACAAAGUCAACCUCCGUCGCGAAAGUGCUCGCUUUCAUGUUCGGCCUCAUCUCCAUCGCUCUGGCAUUUCUAGCACAAUUAUUGGGCGGGGUGCUUCAGGCUGGCCUAACUAUCUUCGGGGUGGUUGGCGGUCCGUUGUUAGGCAUCUUCACCCUCGGCAUGAGCACGCGGACGGCAACGGAGAGCGGCGCGAUAACUGGAGGUCUAACAGCGCUCUGCUUUUUAUUCUGGAUUGCUUUUGGCCAGCCACGUCCGAUGCCACCCACGUUACCAACGAGUACCGAAGGCUGCAAAGGGAACAACCUUGCGAACGUAACAAUCUCUGUAGCGCAGAACUUCACAAACUUCUCCAGGAGCACCGGUGACAGCUCGUACUUUUACUUAUAUCGCAUUUCGUACAUGUGGUACUCCGUUCUCGGAUUUCUAAUAACGUUCAUACUGGGUCUGCUCGUCAGUAUGUUGUCUCGUGCGAUCAACAAGAAGCAGACCGUCGAUUUAGACCCUAAUUUAUUUUUCCCCGUGAUAGCAAGGCGUAUGCGUUCCAAGCAAAGCGCCGAUGUAGAAAUUAUCGAUGGAUGUAACGCGCAAGAGAAGAAGUAUUCUUUCAACGCCGUCUGCGAGAACGAGAAAAUGAGCACGAAGCUCUAACAGUCUACCUGUAGUCUAGAUUAAUAGACCGAUAGAUGUUAGUAGACAUUCCGUGUUUGUGAUUAAUCUAAAGUUUAAGCAACUUAAAAAUCAAGAAAGGUAUUUUAGGUAUUUUACUGUAUCUUGGGACCUGAACGACAUCGCGGCGAUUUUCAGAACAGGAUUUCAGCAAACUUCAUUCGCGAUUUAGCGUAGAUGAAUCAUUUAUUAUCAUUACGUAUUCGUAAGAAUUAUUUUUUUUUAUAGUUGCAAGAUUCAUAAAGAAAACUUUUAACUCAUUUUGUAUUAAAUUGCAAGGAAUGUCUUCCAGGCUGCGUGCGCGUUUGUACUGCCAAUUUGUACUAGUUAAACAAUAUUUUUGUGCUGGCGAUGUAAUGUUUGAAAUAAAUAGUGUGUGUGUGUUUUGUACGAAAUACUUUGCACGGGGUUUGUAACAUAUUUAUAUUAUUAGUGCUUUAGUUACAAGUUCUUUGCACAUAAUGUUCUCGCGGAGGUGUACUUGAAUGAAACUCGUGUCUUUUAGAAAGUUUUGACAAUAUUUAGCGAUGUAAGAUAAUGAAGAUGUUAAUCGAAAGCGUUACACACGCGUUAUAGCAAAAUGGCUAUAAUACGCAACGCGAUUUUUGGAGACAAAGAUCGAAAUGAAUUACACAGUGUUACCUGUAACUCAAUCAUUAAGUUAUUUAAAAAUUAUAAUUUUAAUGGGAUAUUGUUAUAAUUGUAUAUUGUAACUUAUAUGAAGCGUUACUCGUAAACGAAUUUAAUUACGACAACCGAUUUGCUCUUGCAAACUUUGUCGUUCUUAUCUGCAUUUAGAAAUUAAGUGUGCUAUAAUCUUGCAUUAAAUAAGCAGGAAUGCUACUUUAAGUUUUUUACAGUUCUGUUUCAGAAAUGCAAUCCAUAUCGACGUUUUCGUCAUUUGUUGAUAUUUAUUGUAAAAGUGAUACUGCGUGACUGGUAGUAACAGACAAUACAUAUCCGUCGAUGUAGCAAGUAUUGGCGGUACAGUAUUUGUCUAAAUAAAUAUAAUCUUUAACGUACAC